AUGGGCAUGGGUAAAACAAUUGAAAUUAUAUCAACAAUUUUAACAAACAAAAAUCUCGAACCACCCUCCGCCGAAAAUAAUUUCCAAUCAAGUACAACUCUUAUCGUUUGUCCAGUUUCAGUAUUACAGCAAUGGCACAGCGAGAUUGUUAAUAAUACAAUUCCACCUCUCAAUGUUUAUAUUUAUCAUGGUCCAAAUAGAAAUAAAGAUCCUCAGUUUUUAAUUAAAUAUGAUAUAGUAUUAACAACAUAUACAACAUUGGUAUCAGAAUUUAAUGACGAAGCUUCAAAUAUUUCAAUAAAUAAUAAUGGUAAUGAUAGUGAUGGUGGUAAUAAUAACCAAUUGCCAGAGAAUGGAAUUCAUAGUGUAAGAUGGUUCAGAAUAGUUUUGGAUGAAGCCCAUACAAUUAAAGAAAGAACAACAAGAACAAGCAGAUCAUCCUAUUCAUUACACUCCAAGAUUAGAUGGUGUGUAACAGGUACUCCAAUUCAAAAUAAACUUGAUGAUUUAUUUUCAUUAAUUCAUUUUUUAAGAGUUGAGCCAUUUUCAAACUAUAGUUGGUGGAACCAAUAUAUUUUAAAACCAUCAAAACUUAAAGAUGAUAUUGGUUUUUCAAGGCUAAGGGUAUGUAAUAAAGUUAUUAUUUUAUAA